AUGAACGACAGCUGCGAGCCGCCGCCAGUGCCGAGCACAUCUUGGCCUGAAGUUUCCUCAGUUUUCGACCCUUAUAUGGGGGCAACUAGCAAACUGGUUAAGCUGCUCGUAAGCAUGACGGAUGAAACUCAUAUUGAAUUAUUGGCAAAAGCUGUUAAAAAGAAGGCCACUGCAGAAGAGAUAUUCUGGAAGAUCAUAGUAGAAAAUUUUUUAAUUAUCUUUUUAUUCCUGUUGGGUUUCUUGAUCGCCAUAGCAAUACUUAUCACUUGUAUUGUGACAAUCAUAUAUCGAUGGAAGGCAGUAGAACAGAACCCACCUAAAAAUAGCAGAAUUUAUUGCGCGGGCGUACUGUUUCUCGUUUGUGCUGUCAUGACUUUAAUUUGUCUUGUACUUAUUGGAGGCAGUGUGAAUGCUAUUUCCGACGGACUGGUUCUUUUCCCAGAAAAAGUGGAGACAUAUUCAGUGGGGGUUGAAGAAUUCGUGAUUGGUCUCAGAGAACAACUGCAGUGCGAUCUCAAUAAGCAAAUUGAUAAGGUGAGUAGUGAAAUAGAACAGGCUACAGGAGAAAUUGGAGUCGGGAUCAUUGCACUUCAAAGGUCAAUAUCUGCUCUCGAGCAAAGUCAGGAAAGUAUCAAAAAAGAUUUACAUCAGCUAAAACUUCAUCUGAAGGAUUUGAUGAACAUAGGACAUGCUGAGUUCGACCCUAUUUUUUCUCUGAAGGAAUUGAUAGAAGGCGUUGAAAAUCCCAAAAAUCCAAGAGUCGAUAUGGUUGCGCUAAGAAUUGGAAUUGAAGAGCUUGGGAAAAAUGUGAAGGCGUUCGGUGGCCAGCGUGAAGUCAUCGUUAAAACUUUCCAAGCAUCAAUGGAUCAGAAAUUUGGAGAAAUACUCCCAGCAAUAAUUAAACAUGUGAAGAAAAUAGCCAAUAUGCUUAAGCGUUUUGUUUUGGGAAAUAAAUUUCUCACAUACACGGGUUAUGUGCUAUUUGCUGUUGUUUUAAUACCGAUACUACUAUUAGCUUUAGUUAAAUUCGCCUUGAUACUACUGCUAAUACGAGUGUUUUGGAAUAUCUUUGACGAAAAGUCACAUCAUGGCCAGCGCGGCCACAUAUCACACAUCGGUGGUGAAGUUAUGGGGAUGACUGGUUAUAUUGCAAUGGGUAUCAGCAUUGUUCUUUUCAUUCUUUCCUCUAUAGCAUUUCUGUUAGCAUUCGUAGCGACGCUAGUAUGUGUCGGAUUUUUCGACGAUAAGGAGUUGCGCUUAUUCCGCGCCACGGAAAACGUUGUCCGGAAAAAAGAGAUGGCCAUAAGUGUUUCGGAAAUUUUCUAUAAAUGUAAGAAUGGUUACACAUUUUUUGAUGCAUUAGAUGGUUCAAAACUAAUGGCUGAAAUUGAAAUCAAAGAUAAUAUCGAUCUGCUAUUGGUCAGAGAUUGUCAAAGGAAGAUAGAAAGAGGAAUACGGCCUCCAGAUGGUCGCACUGAGUAUGAUGCCUUCCUAAGUGACAGUGAUAAGAUGUUCGAGCAAGGAGUCAAAAAACCAGGUGUCGAUGCUCAGUUGGCUAAAAAAGCUGAGAGUUCGCUUAAGAAUGUCCAACAAAAAUUGAGAAAUGGAAUAAAAGCUGAAAAUAUGGUGCUUGAGCGAACCAAAAGCUUCACGUCAAAGAAUUUCACAGCUUAUGUAAGCAAUUUGAAUGAGGCGUUGAUGAGCACAGCGGAGAAUUCCAUGACAUCGCUAAUUGAUAUGUCUCCACGAUGCGAUAGUAUGAUGUCAAUAUGGAACGAUAUUGGUUGGUAUGUGUGUCAUCUUAUUUCCCGUCCACUUUCGGGUAUUUGGGUAGCAGUUGAAGUAACAGCAUUAUCUUCAAUAAUUAUAUAUAAAGCACUAUUCGAUGCUACGAAGAACUCCAUCGAGCAGAACUCCAUCGAGCAGAACUCGAUGAACUCCAACUUUAAAGGUAGCAUGAAUUCAGUGAUAUGUCGCUUCCUUGGUUCUAAAACGAUACGAUUAGCAUGUUUUCUCAAUUAA